ACAGGAGGCAGCCUAACAUGGUGCGUGUAGGGUCACUAUUCCUCACCAGGAUGGCCUCAUACCUCUCCCUCUCCCACCCGGCCUCUCACCAGCCUCGCCCUCACACUCUCUAGGGACGCCCUUCGCCUGGGUCACCACCGCUGCUCCAACCUGCUGGAUGUUCACGAGGUACGGACAUCUAGCGGCUUUAUCAACAACCAGACAGAGAGUGACGGCGUGACAGAUGGUGUAUUAGGGAGAGCCUACCAGUACUCAACCUUACGCUCUCUCUCUACGCUGAGGUUCUACCGGGCUCUGGACCUUGAGUCGUGUGUGUGGCGGUGGGUGAGUCACUACACCAUGUCGGAGUUAAUGAGUCAGUGUGGAGGACAGGUGAGUACAGACCAGGUGACAGAGGGCGUCCAGAGUUCCGUGGGCGUGUCGGUGCCUCUAUACGUGACCUACGCCUUCCUCUCUCCUGCCGCGGCCACAGCAGACUGGCAACACACCGACCUCUCCACUCAACUCAGGAUGAGCUUCGUUUACGACACGUCCAUCCUGUGGCAGCAAGGCAUCGGCGCCCCUGUGACCAGUGACCUGCAGGGCACCUUGUACCCCACCUCCAUGAAGGUCCGGCGUGAUGGUCGCCUGCUGGUCACCUUCCGUACCCAGGCCAGAUUCCAUGGCACCUUCGUUGAACACCACCGCGCCUCAGACUCCCAUAGCCAAGUGACCUCAGCUGACCAUCCUAACCUGACCUUCACCCUUGACCUCAUCCGCUCACAGCCAACCUACACCCAGCCUGAACAACACUGGCAGGUCAUCUCAGACUAUGCAGUUCGUGACUACAGUGGGACGUACGUAGUUCACCUACUGACGUGUACAGCAACCACGGACCUGUUGUACACCUUACCUCUCGUCUGUGACCCCAGAGAUCUCCUGACCUUUGACCUCCAGGUUCGUUUCCAGCAGGUGUCCGAUCCAGUUUCUGAGGAGUUUACACUGAACACAAGGUUCCAGAUGAUGAGACAACGCUCCCUCUGGCUCUCUCACUCUACCACAGACAUACACACACACGCUGACGUCUCCUUCUACCCAGGUGACAGAAUCUAUGGACGGGUGAUGGUGGACCCGGUACAGACGCUGGGAGACGGGUUCCAUCUUACCCUGGACCAAUGCUUCGUGUGUACGGGAGUGGACGGCUACAUCCCUAAGUACACCCCUCACACGGACGAGUACGGCUGUGUGGCAGAGUCCUCCAGCCUCCUCUAUAACUUCAAGAUUAUUGACCGUGGAUCGCCAGAGUCAGUUCGCCUGGCGUACGGGGACGUGGGAUUCGAGGCUCACCUGGCAGAAGAGGAUCCAGAGCCUGACGUAACGGCCCUCCUGAAGCAGCCAGGUGUUGAUGGCUUCUACCUGGACUCAUCACCUCUCUUCCUGGUGUCACACGGGCGGCAGUGGUUCGUUCACUGCAUCUACACCGUGCGCCCUGAGGAGAACGCCGCGCGGGGCCUUGGCAAGAGGGACGUGUCUGGGCUGUCGUCGACCACCACCCACCACCACGUCCUCAGCACCACACCUCACGUUAAUACAGGACAGGAACCUCUCUCAUCAACUACAGACUACCAGACGCUGUUAAAACCUCAUCACAACCACGGAUCACAUGCUCAUAAUGCCUCCGGAGCAUUUGAUGAGCGUAGAUCACCACACGCCCCUAGAGGACCUAGAGCCAUCAAGUCCCCAUCAGGAAGAGACAGGCGGGUGAAGCGGUCGAGGGAGGACACAGCCGCCCUGGGUGACGAAGGAAGGGGUACCAACAUGUACCGCCUCUCACUGCAGCUGGUAUACAGAGACAACCAGGACCCCAGCCUCACAGACCAGGACUCUGAGGCGACUUUCCUGACGCUGGUGGUGACUGCUACCUGUGUAUUGGUCAUGGUAACCUCGGUGGCUGCGGCAGUGUUCGUCAGGAGUCGUCGUCGUCUUCGUCAGGAUAGUGGUGGUGGGGGAAAGAUGAUGGGCGCUCCGGGGUACAUGGUCGUCUCAGGUGAUUGCAAUACCAAGGACGGGGUUAUUGGCGGUCAUGUGAUUGAGACUCGUUAUUAUCACACGUAUGAGGAGGAAAGUACGGAAGUGUGACGAAAGUACUGGAGUUUGAGGAAAGUACUGGAGUUUGAAGAAAGUUGUGGAAGUGUGAGGGAAGUAGUUCAGGAUGAGGGAUACAGUCGCAGUAUACAUAACAGUGGUGGCAGUAUACAUAACUGAUGGCACAGUAUACAUAAGUGAUGGCACAGUAUACAUAACAGUGAUGGCACAGUAUACAUAACAGUGAUGGCACAGUAUACAUAACAGUGAUGGCACAGUAUACAUAACAGUGAUGGCACAGUAUACCCUCACCCUGCAGUAAAAUGUAUGCUCUGUAUAAAUUAUAAUGUAUAUGUGUAAUAAUGUUCAGUUGUUUUUCUGUAUUGACAUAAUGUUUUUUUUUCUUAAUUGUAGUUAAUACUGAAAAUAAAUAAGGCAAUAAAUUUUCUCAUUAUAUUGAUGAUAUGGUUCGGUGCGGUGGCUGAGUGGAGACAACAAACGCAUCUCCUGUUCUAAGAGUCCCUGGUUCGUUUCCUUGCCCCCCCCCCACCGCCCCC